CCUUCCAGCGGCAGCGGCAGCGGCAGCGGCCCGGCCCGGCCCGAGGGGAAGACGAGUCCGCCCGGGGCAGGCUGGACAUCCCGCCGCCGGACACCCCGCCGCCUGCGUUCCUCUCCGCCGCCGGGGGUCUCGGGUCUGCGCAGAGGUCCAGGGCGCGGGGGCGCGGCCGGACGGGCAGGGUUGGCACCACAGCCGCUCCGGAGGAGCCCACAGCUGCCCAAGGCUCCGGGGCCGCGCUGCACCCUAAACUGCCCGCAUGGACACGGCACUGAAGCGGGGCCGGCCGGAGGACCGGGUGGGCGAUGUCCCCCAGUCGCCGCCGCCACCCACGGAGAACGAGGACGAGGAAGAGAUGGAACCCGAGAUGAUGGAACAGGAGGAAGAGGAGGAGGAGGAGGAAGAGGAGGUGGACCCUCGUAUCCAGGGAGAACUGGAGAAGCUAAAUCAGUCCACAGAUGACAUUAACAGGCGGGAAACUGAGCUUGAGGAUGCCCGCCAGAAAUUCCGUUCUGUUCUGGUAGAAGCGACCGUGAAACUGGAUGAACUGGUCAAAAAGAUUGGCAAGGCCGUCGAGGACUCAAAACCUUACUGGGAAGCCCGGAGGGUGGCCAGACAGGCCCAGCUGGAGGCGCAGAAGGCGACUCAGGACUUCCAGAGGGCCACCGAGGUCCUGCGGGCGGCCAAGGAGACCAUCUCCCUGGCGGAGCAGAGGCUCCUGGAGGACGACAAGCGGCAGUUCGACUCGGCCUGGCAGGAGAUGCUCAACCACGCCACCCAACGGGUCAUGGAGGCUGAGCAGACCAAGACAAGAAGCGAGUUGGUGCACAAGGAGACGGCAGCCAAGUACAACGCUGCCAUGGGCCGCAUGAGGCAGCUGGAAAAGAAGCUCAAGAGGGCCAUCAACAAGUCCAAACCUUAUUAUGAACUUAAGGCAAAGUACUACAUACAACUCGAGCAAUUGAAGAAGAUUGUGGAUGAUCUGCAGGCCAAACUGUCCCUGGCCAAAGGCGAGUACAAGACGGCCCUGAAGAACCUGGAGAUGAUUUCCGAUGAGAUCCACGAGAGGAGACGGUCCAGCGCCAUGGGUCCCCGGGGCUGCGGAGUGGGGGCUGAGGGCAACAGUGCGGCUGCGGAAGAGCGCUCCAGGAGCAAGCCAGAGUGUGACUCGGCUUCAGUGGCCUCGGAGGCUCUGGAGGACGAGCACUGCGGCAGCUUCGUGUCCGAGGAGGAUUCAGAAACCCAGUCCGUGUCCAGCUUCUGCUCGGGGCCGGCCAGCCCCUGCGAGCUCCCGAGCCCCUUCGCUUUGGCCGUGAGGCCCGGCAGCCUCGACCUGCCCAGCCCCGUGUCUCUCUCCGAGUUUGGGAUCAUGUUCCCUGUGCUGGGUCCUCGGAGCGAAUGCAGUGGAGCUUCUUCCCCAGAGUGCGAAGUGGAGAGAGGGGACAGGGCAGAAGGGGCUGAGAACAAGACAAGCGACAAAGCCAACAAUAACAGGAGUGUCAGCUCCACCACCAGUGGAAACAGCAACAGCUCUUGCCCUGGGGCUCGAAGCCUGGACAACGAGAUCAAACAGCUCUCUCUCCAGCAUCCAAAGGGAAAAGAGGGGAUUCUCAGCGACAGAAAAGUGGUGCAGAUUGGUUGAAGGGUCCCAGGAGGCCAGAGCCCAAAGAUCUGAAUAUUUAUAUGUGAAACUCUAAACAUCUCGAGUGUUGUGCCAAUAUUUCUUUACUAUAUGCCAAAUCUUCAGCAUUUACUCAGAACUGCACUAAGGAAGUUUGUGACCCAGAGGGCUGCAUUCAGCUCUGGUUUAGCGCCCAGAAAAAUGUCUUGGUAGGUGGGCACUGGGGAGUGCCACCGGGAGCUGGGCAGUUCUCAGGCUCUUCCAGCAUUUGUAAAGUACAUCCUCCCCUACUGUCCUAGUGAGGAGCAACAACUUCCCAGAAUAUGGUGUAAAACAAGAAAAGGGCUAGGAAACUCAACUUGACAUUGGGGAUUUGGGCAUUUUGCUCCUUUUUCUUCCUAGACCUGUUUUUGUGUUUUGAAAGAUGCUUAGGCUCCCAAAUAACUUGGGACUGAUGGCCUCCUACAUGAAAAUACCAUAAUUAAAACAUCCAUCACUUUUUUUUAGUAUUGUAAGGCAUUAAAAGAAGACCUGCAAAAAAGCCUCUCGGUCACAGAGGCAAGCCCCAGAUCAACUUGUAGCCUCUCAUCUACAGAGGUUACCCAUUAAAAAAGUAAAUGGUGCUCAACAUGGGGCACCCACCCAGAAGCUUCUUCAGUGGCUUCUAGCGCAAUUUCUGGAGAGCAGCACUUUGUGGGCCGGGGGAGAUGGGGGUUCCGGGGAAUGCCCAAGUCCAGAUAACUUACUGUAGCGGGGUGGCAGCGUAGCAUAGACCUUGUGUUUGCCAGCCCUGGAGGUGGCGGGGGGAGGGGGGCGAUGCAUGUGCCAGAGCAGUUGGCCUUCGUGGUAUCUAGACUGACAACAGUGUUCAUUUAUCUGUGGGUUGUUAAAGUUUUUCUCUUUUUAAAAAGCAGUUAUUUAUGCCGCUCUAGCAUACGUUCCAGACACUGUUCCUUCCAAGCUAGAAAAAGGGAGUCAGGCAUGUCUUGGCCAAGGCUGCCCAUAGCAGCUAGACCUAGUAGUUAUGCUCCUAGUUGUAAGUGUAGGAUUAUUUUUCUUCAAGUUUUGGUGGUUUCAAGUAACAAAGAACCGUAGCUGUCCCUCUUUGGUUAGUUGUGGGGCUGGGAAGAAACCCCUCCCACACCCCAACCACACAAACUCUCAAUCACUUUCACGUGAUGAGGUCUCCUUGGGUUUUUUUCUUGAUUGUUGCUUUUCCUGCCUGAGCUUGAAUAUCUAGUCAUGUUUGUAAAAUUCUUCACACUGGUAAACCUUCAAUUUUCCCUAUUUUUUAUGGACGGAUACGGUAUCCUGAUUUCAAAGUUAUUUUGUACUUGUCUUCAUACCUUGAAUGUAAUAAAAACAGAAUCUCAUAGCA